AUGCCGCUGUCUGUUUUUUACUCCCUUUUUUUUCUCAACCUAUUCUUCGCAUUCAUCGAUAGCCCAGCCUGCGGUGCCUUGUUGAAGAUGCCCGGCAACGACAAGAAGGCGGAGGUGCCGUUGCAGAAGUUCCGACUUCCCGCAACGCAGCAACUUUCAAACAUCCUCAAGCCGGAUGUGCUUGACGACGAAGUGCGGCAACGAAUUGUACGCGAUAUCAUGGGGAGUGUAGCAGUGACAGGCGAGCAUCGCCCAUUGCCUGGGAUGCCGGCGCCACUGAAACGACAUAAUCACGAAGGGAACUAUCCAGCAAACCUUCGUGAUCAGGUGUCAAACGGCAGAGGUGACCUUUUAGGUGUCAUGGCACAACGACUGAAGACCCUGGAGGAGCAGCAAAAAGCAUACCGUAUGGAACUAAAAGAAAAAACGGAGAAACUUUCGUGCGCAGAGGCAAACUAUAGAGAAGAAAAGACAAAGCGAGAAGGGGUGGAGGCGAUGCUCGUAGAGCUUUACGACGAGAAGCAGGAGUUGGAACGGCUGGUAGGGGAUAUGCAGACGUUUCUAGCUGAUUAUGGGCUGAAGUGGGUAGGUGACAGGGCGGAAGAAAAAAAUAAAGAAAAGCGUACCAAUUCGCGAGGGCACGAGCAUUUCGCAUUUGCGAAGGAAAGAAAUUCAUUGUCGUCGCAACCCGCCACGUCGCAGCCCUUUGAGCUCUAUGCAGGGGAUUAUAACAACGAGACACCAGUGCUUUCCCCUAGUCCGACGCCGCGUGCGAGUGGAACAGAUGACACAUCCACGCAAAAACUUCCCCCCGACGGUGAAAAGAUUUCUUGCAAGACAAAUCGAGCCGCUACAUUACCUGUUUCCAUAGAGGUUCUUCAGAGACAUGCAAAGAUUCUUUCAGAUCAUGUGGGUUGUAGGGGCGUCGUCACAAAUGGCAAGCAGGGUGGAAUAAAAGAACUUGAAGUGGUGCGUAUCACUGUAUAUCAAGACGGCAUUUGCGUUAACGGUGGCCCGUUUAGACCAUUUGGCUGGCCGCUAUGUGAUGCCGUGUUAGACGAUCUCGCCGAAGGGUUCUACCCGUAUGAGUUUAAGCAACGUUUUCCUGACGGGUUUCCUAUUGAGGUUAUUGAUCAAACAUCUGUUUGCUGCGGCAAAGGAAAGGAAGGGAAGAAGGGUGGUAGUAAUGUCAAGGAGCUGCGGGAUGUGCAGGGUGGAAAACACCACCAACCUGUGUCCAAAGAGGAGUUUCUUAAGCGACUGCCGGACACACGCAUCACGACGAACGGCCGGAUUGUCUCUGUACGAGAAGCGAUUGCAAACAUUGUUGGUUACCCCCCCAAAAAUGAAACCUUAAGACAUGUUUCUGAAUCUGAGCGACGAGUAAUAGGAGAGAAUACGACAAUUGAACCUAAGAGUGGUGACGCGGCGGUGUCACCGCCCCGUCGCAUCCAGGGGCUUGUUGCAGUGCUUGUGCGAUUUCCAUCCGGCAUAAAGGUUACAUUACACCUGGCACCGGAAAAUACCAUAGCGGACCUUCGUCGGGAGCUCAAGUCAGCAGUGCCGACCUUUAAUGCAGCAUAUGAUGUACGCUUGUCUUUUCCCGCCGUAACUUAUACGGACGACAGUAAGACGCUGCGGGAGUUAGGUCUUUUGACAAGUUGUACACUUAUGAUUCAGCCUCGGAAGCAUUCUUAG